UGUAGAAGAUGACCACCAUCAAGCACAUCCUACAGCGGGAGGUGUUCCUGCCCACUGACGAGAGGCUGCUGGGAGUGGUCAGUGUGACCAAAGCUGGAAAGAAAAAGAAAACUAGCUUUCUAAGCAUUGCAGUGACGACAGAGAAACCUGUGCAAGUGAAGAUUUAUCAGCUGAAAAAGUCAGAGAAAGGAGAGACUUAUAAAAGAAAACAGACAUGGGAACUAAGAGAACUUAAAACAGUAGAUGGAAAAGAUGCAAAGAAUGACACUGCUGAGUUUGAUCUUCAGUUUGAGAAGACAUACAAAUGGGUUGCUAGCCAUCCAAGGGAGAGAGACACAUUCCUGUCAUCUUUGUGGAAACUGUGUCAGAGGUAUCUGAAGCGUGGACCUGUGUUUGUCAAUGUGCCAGACUACAUAAGGGAAGACAGUCUUGGUGUCACAGAUGUCCGUCCCCAUGGGGUAGAGGACACUAUAGCCGCUGUGGUGGAUGAGGAUUACCAGGCUAUUACUGAGAAGGAAGAAAAAGACCUGGAGACACUGAUGAAGCAGUGUGAACAUGCCAUAAGCAAUGCAGAGGCUUUUGCUGAACAGCUGUCAAAAGAUUUGUCUGUGUUAGAUGGGGCCAACAUCCACUCCAUCAUGGGUUCAGAAGAUCAGGUGGUUCAGUUGAUGAAAUUACUGGAUGAUGGAGUCCGGGAAACAACCAAACUGGAGACCAAGCUCAAUAGAUAUGAUGAGUUGUUGGCUAGUGUGAAGGAACAGAUGGAAAGCAUGAGGGACAAGGACACUCUGAUCCAUAUCCAGAACAAGAAUCAUCAAUCUUUGAUUGACGAACUGGAAAAUUUGAUUGGAAGGCUGAACCUGGACCACAAGCAUGAGAAGGCACUGCUAGAUGGGGAUCUGUCCACACCAUCUGGGAUUUAUGAGAGCACAGAGGCUGCUGAAGAGCUACAGAAGUGCAUGGCAGCAGAAAUACAUCCUGCUUUAAUGAAGAUGCAAGCAGUUCAAGAACAACAAAAAAGGUUUGGAAAAUACAGAGUUGCUUUUGCCAAGAGACUUUCCCAUCACCUGAACAACCUAUUUAUACACCAGGGUAAUGAGAUGAGUGAGACAUUGAGCAGACAUGCCACAGAUCUGAAGCUUCCACCACACCAUUCCUGUCACCGAGAUUUGACGCCAUAUGCUGAACUCAUGAUGUGGCUGAAGGAGGCUGAUCCACAAAGUUUUCAGCAGCUGGCCAAGGUCUACACCAACAAUCUCAGCAGAUUGUAUGACAAGGAAGUAAAAGAUUUCUUUGAGCUGGCUAAACAAAGAUUUUUACAUGCCAAAACUGUCGACAAGAAGCAUGGAGGUCUCACAGUUCCAAGUCAUAGAUUUGAGGGUUCAGGUUCUAGCUUGGACAGGGCAAUGGAAACCAGCCCAAGAGGAAGAACUGCGUCCCUUCAGAGCCUGGACUCUGCUGAUUCCAAGGGGUCAUCUCAGGACCUCACACGAGGAAAGUUUGACCAGGUAUUUGAGAAGAUACUUUGUGAACUGGAACCAUUUUGUCUAGCUGAGCAAGAUUUUUGUGUCAAGUUUUUCCACCUGACUCUUGAUCCUCAUUCUGAUGAUCUGGAGUCAAUGCUGGAAGACCAAACUUCAAAGCACGAGGACACUCACUCCGUUCAUUCCCACAGUUCCCAGCAUGAUGAUGACGACAUAUGGGUGAUGAGGCCGCAAAACAAGGCCAAAAGUCUGGCAGACAUGGAUCCUUAUUCAGAAAACCAAGUUCCAGUGAGGAGACAGUUGAAUGAAGAAGUCAGGCGGAUGAUGGGUGAACUGUUCCCCUCCCUUGAAUCAGAAUUACUGAAUUUUAUCACUUUUGGAGAUAAAUUGGAUAGUUUUAAUUCCAUGUAUAUGUUGGUCCGUAUGAGCCAACAUGUCAUCCAUGCCCAGGAUGCUGGUUCCUUCCUGAGCAAAGUGUUUGCCAAUGUUCUGGUCAAUAUUAAAAGAAACUUUGAUAGAUUCAUUUUACACAGAAUCAAAGCUGUGGAGGAAUAUAGGAUUUCCAAGAAGAAUAAAUGUGGUGUUGUGAUGUUUGUACACCACUUUGAGGAUUUUGCCCACCAGGCAGAGGCUAUAUUCCAAGGUUCAGACAGGAGAGCAGACCUUGAUAAAGCUUACAGCAAACUCAUCAGAACUGUCUUUGAGCAGCUUCUAAGAAUUAGCACAGAUCACCCCAAGACUCCUAAAGAUGUGGUCCUAAUGGAAAAUUAUCACCAUUUGUACGCCACGUUAUCCCAGUUAAAGAUCAGCUGUUUGGAAAAAGAACGUAAAGAUGCCAGACAGAGGUACCAAGAGCACCUGCAGGCCUAUGUGACGACUUACUUGGGAAGACCCUUGGAGAAACUCAAUACAUUUUUUGAAGGUAUUGAGAGCAAGGUGGCCUCAGGAGUAAAGGAAGAUGAAGUCGGGUACCAGCUGGCCUACAGCAAACAAGAACUGAGAAAAGUCAUCAAAGAAUAUCCUGGAAAAGAGGUGAAGAAGAAUUUGGAACAUUUGAGAAAGAAGGUUGAAAAGCACUUAUGUGAAGAAGAGAACUUAUUUCAGGUUGUAUGGCAUUCAAUGCAGGAUGAGUUUCUAAAGCAGUACAAACAUUUUGAACACCUGAUUGCCAAGUGUUACCCAGCGUCUAACAUCACCCUGGAGUUUAGUGUGGAAGACAUUCUGCAGUUCUUCACAGAUAUUGCACAGGCUUAGAUAUAUGAACACACGUCUUAUCAUCAUUAAUAGAAGUAUGUUGGUUAUGCCAGGUUUUUAUUGUUCAUUGUUGACAAUACACUGCAGUUUUCUUUGCUAAGACAUUGAACAGGUUUAGUCACUUCAGAAGACUGAAGAUAUUAUACAGAAACUAGCCUUUGAAUGAACAGUGUAUUCAUACCCACGAACAUACUUGGAGAAAUUUCAAAUUUUGGGAAACACUUUUAAGUUCACAACAAUUGGAAAUUUAUACACAGUGUGCACAUUUGUAGCAGAUCAACAACUAGGUGACAUUCUUGCCACCAAGAGUUGACAGAUGGUUAAAAUAUCUUAUGUAAGAGCAUUUCCUGUCAAAUAUUACUCCAGCUUCAGGACUAUUUACUUUCUGCAAACUCUCUUGUGUAAAAGCCCAGCUUUCAGUCUUAGGCAACUUGAUUUAAAUCAUCACAAACUGAAGAUCUACAUGUACAUGUAUCGGUGUCUUAUCAUGCAAUUAUGAUAAUAACAAUGGUGCUAUGUUUUGCUGCAUGUGUCCAUUUCAACACAUGGUUGAAAUUGAAAAUUUAAAGAGCAUUUUAAAUGAUCAUAAAAUAUCUAUGUAGUACAAUGAAUAUGUAUUGCUGUAAAACGUGAAGUCAUUGGUUAAAUAAAGAAAUUGAUGCAAAAUGAAAUUCCUAGUCUAAUUCAUAAAUUGUUGAGUUUUUUUUAAAGCACUUUAGUCUCUCAUUUUUUGGAAAUGUGAAGGGCUGAGUGAGAGAGUGACAUAAUGCAUCAGUCGUAUUGUUUGUCAUGUCAAAAAAAAAA